AUGGGCAAAGUCUCGAGAUGGUUCCGUGGUCUCAUGCGGUUCAAGAAAUCGGAUUCUAGCGCAGACCCGACUCAAAAAGCCUUGAAGAAGAAAUGGAGUUUUGUCAAAUCUCACAAAGAAAGAUCCUCAGAUGAGGUAGUUUUGAUGAGCAAAAACGACAUUGAAGCUAGUAAACUCGUGAUCGCGGAAGCUGAUGCAGUCGUCAAGCUCACUAGCAGCGGAAGGAAUACUGCAGCAGCAGGAAGUGGUGACGCAAGUUAUGGGAAUCAUGAAGAACUGGCUGCCAUUAAGAUUCAGUCCCAUUUCCGUGCAUAUCUGUCGAGGAGGGCUUUACGGGCAUUGAAAGCUCUAGUCAAGCUUCAAGCGCUGGUGAGAGGUAACCUUGUGAGGAAGCAAAUGGCAAACAUUAUGCGACGAAUGCAGGCAUUGCUCAGAGCUCAAGGAAUUGCAAGGGCUGUACGGGAUCUGAUUUCUGAAUCCCCACAUUCAAGCAUGACGACCUCUCACUUCAAUUAUCGGGGACCUGCAACUCCUGAGAAGCUUGAACACGUGACAAGGAAUAUGAAGCACGAACAAUUGUUGAUGCUGAAGAGAAAUGGUUCAAAAUCUGAUCCCAAGGUCAUUGAUUCAGACAAAGCACUCAUGGGUUGCGAGGACAACAGAAUGCUUGAAAGAUCGUGGGAACAUGGAUCUUUUGCAAGAACUGUUCCCACAGAUGAUGAAAUAAGUGAUAAGAUUCUUGAAGUGGAUACUGGGAAACCUCAGGUAAUGCCCAAAACUAGAACCCUCCGACACUCGGUCCAUCUUAGCACAGGUUUGGACCAAAAUAGUCACAGCUUUUCCGUAUCGAAGGACUCUAUAUACCGUCAAACAGUUUUAAGUCCAUCAUCUGAAGGAGUUCAAUCUUUCAGCCCUUUGAAAUUUGCACGAGAUGUCGAUAAAACCACUUUCUACACUGCUGACAACUGCCCACAAUUCUAUUCGGCAUCAUCCAUGGGCGGUAGCUCCAAGAGAGGACCGUUUAGCCCUACUAAAAGUGACGGUUCAAGAAGCUGUUUGAGCGGAUACUCCGACCUCCCAAACUACAUGUCCUACACCAAAUCAUCUAAAGCCAAGGCGAGAUCUUUCAGUGCACCAAAACAAAGGCCACAAUACAAGGGACCAAACUCGACCAAGAGGUACUCCGUUCAAGGAUAUAGUGAGUCGAGACCUAACAUGCAAAAGGGCUCGACAUUACAUUCCAGCUUCACCAACAAAGCUUAUCCAGGAUCCGGUCGCUUAGACAGACUCGGAAUGGAAUGCCAAUUGGAGGAGAUGCUGUUGGGUUCAGCAGUGGUCACUGGUACAGAUACUAAACUAGACUAG